AUGCCUCCUUCGGAGAAGAUAGCUGUUCUGAUUCUUGGCGUUCUGGUGCUGGAAUCGUCCUGGAAUGCCCAGCACAGCCCGUGGCUUGCCAGCGCGCUACAGAUCCAACAGGCGUUCGCCUCACCAAACCAGACCAAUAACUUUGUGGUGGAUGAGGUGAGUAGAAAAGUCUACCUGGCUACGGUAAACAUGGUCUACCAGCUUAACGGGACCCUGAGCGUGGAGGUGGAGAAGAGAACGGGGCCGGUGGAGGACAACCUGUUGUGCCAUGCGCCGCAGCUGCCCCAAGCGCCCUGCGAGCACCCCAAAUCCCUCACCGACAACUUCAACAAGCUGCUCGAGCUGGACCGGGAGCAGGGGGUGCUGGUGGUAUGCGGCUCGGUGUACCAGGGCUUCUGUGAGCUCAGGAAGAUGGAGAACAUCUCUCAGAUAGCGGUGGAGUUUCCCGCUCAGGGCGAGAAGACCGUGUUCCCCAGCAUGCUGAAUAUCGCCGCGAACCACCCCAACGCUUCCACCGUGGGGCUCAUCUUCAGGAGCCAUGGGGGGAACACCCGACUCCUCGUCGGGGCCACUUACACCGGCGCUGGGACCCCGUUUUUCCCCAAGAACCACAGCAAGGAGGACCUGCGCUUCGAGAACACUCCCGAAAUCGCUAUUCGGUCCCUGAACAUCAAUGAUUUAUCUAGGCUGUUCACCUAUGACAUCAACCCGUCCGAGGAUAACGUCUUCAAGAUCAAACAGGAGGUGAAGCAGAAGAAUAAACUAAACUUCGUCCAUGCCUUCAUUCAGAAGACCUACUCUUAUAUUGCUAUCAACAAUGACGCGAAUAUGGGACACAAGGAGAGCCAGCCGAACAGCAUCCUGGCCAGGAUAUGCCUGGACACCGAGACCCCCCGAAAAUCCACCUCAGAGAGCCGUAAACUCACUGAGUCCUUCAUCCAGAUGCCGCUCCAGUGUGGAUAUAACGGGAACAUCUACAACCGGCUCGUCUCCGUUCACCCCGCGGAGAUCCACUCGGGGACCGGAGAGGGGCUGGAGUCGUACCUGUUCGGAGUAUUCACCAAAUCAGACAGAAAGUCUGCACUGUGUGCGUUUCGGUUCUCAGACAUUGAGGAGGAGAUCCGUCAGGGCCGGAGGAACUGCUCCAAUUCCCACAGCAGCGAGGUGCAGGUACUGGACAGCGUCAUCCAGGGCUCGGGCGCAGCGUGCAUACACAAAGGGAUUCUGGUGGUAAGUCAAGGAUGAAAACUAUCAUUGCAUUUUGUUUUAAACUUCAGUGAGAUUUGUAGGACUAUUCAUAUUUGUGAGACUUGGUGGGAACUCAUUUUAUUUAAUAUUAUUUGAUUUAGAUAAAUUUAGGAGCCACACUUAUGCAUGGAACGCGCUGUAAAAAAAAUAAUCCGAAAUAUGUGGGUUUAUUGGACUUGCUACUACAGGCCUGAAUAAAUACAUCUUCAAAAUAUGUUGAUUUUGGCAACAGACAGUUUUAAUAAUGAAUCACCCCGUAUCAUUUCUGUGGGAAAAGUUCCCUUGUCAGGAGCGCGCCCAGGUCCGUGAUUGUGUGAAGGAUCUGGUUAUGGGAACCGUGCGGGGUAGGCUACUUCUGUUAAACUCUCAUCCACGCCAGUGCAUUCAAGCUUUCGGCCUCUACUGGAGACAUAGAAUGGACUUUUGGUUUUUUAAAGUAAACAUUCGUUUAUCGUCAAUACUCAACAACUUUUUUAAUUAAAUGUAGGGUAACAUUAUUAUUUUUCCACUGGGCAAACUGAUUCGUUCUCUACGAAAUGGUAGUAUCAUAGGCCAUAAUCAUAAUCGAGGUUAAUCAGUAUACAAUGUGUUUAUUGUGUCAAAUAACAUAACACAUGCUCUUAGAUUAGGCCUAUUUUAUUUUUUAAGAAGGAAACACAUUUUUACGUACACAAUUCAAGAAGAAAAGUGUCUACUUAUUACCUUAUAGGUCAUAUCUAUAAAGGCUAUGACUUUCACACUAAAUCCCCUCUCAUUAUUUAAAGGACCCCUAUUACUCAAACAAAGUGUCUCAUAAAAUGUCUUUAUGCCUCUCGCCGCUUUUGAGGAAUGCUGUGAAAUUCCAUCCUCUCAUUGUGGUGAGGCAGGUCUCCGGUCUUUUCGAGACCAUUGCGUUGUCAGUCAGGUCGUAAAGAUGCUACACAGCACAUUUGCGGGUGUUCAAAUCUCGGUGUUGAGGUAAAAAAUGUUGUGAGUGAAAUUUACACCACCUGCAGUGAAUAAAUGAAGUGUUAUUUGAAUCAGUUGAAUCACUGAAUCACAGUUGAAUCAUCACCUUGUGGUGUUGUUGUUACUUGACUGUGUUGAGUUAAUUUCCAUGAGCUCUCUGAGUUAAAAAGACAUGGGAGUGGCUCAUUACCAUAUUUCCCAGUAUGCUUUGCUGCAGGUUGCUUUUUAGAAUAGUUAGUUUUAAUAUCUAUGUUUCUGCAUGCACAUUGAUUGAUUAAUUGGUCUUAUAGCCUACCACACAAAGAUAAAUAAUAUACAUUAUUCUAAACUAAGCCAAUUUGUAAGUGGUUGUUCCAGUUUAGAUGGUUUAGGUAGUCUCAUUUAUUAAUCUUCCCACAUUGGCAGUCAUUCUAACUGCAGUUGUGUGUGAUUAAAAGUUCCAACUGUUGGCUAUCCUAACUGGCUGGAUUCCAAUUUAAAUAACACCUUGCAAGCCAGAAUAAUAUGACAUGCCUAUGUGGCCUGCAAACCCGGAGUUUCAGACCACUGUGUUAGGGUAAAACUAGGCUGUCGGAGUAUGGUAUUGUCAAAAAAAGUAAUAUAAUGUCAUAAAUAAUGUAAUUUUUAUGAUAAAAUAUGAACUUGGUGAAGGUUAUAUGACUGAAAGCCAUCAAAUGCCACAAUAAUGUCUCUGUCACUAGCAAACCCAGUCAUGGGUGGUACUGGUACCUCUAAAAUUCCCUCGAAAGGCACCCUGGAAAAAAAUAUGCAAAUAAGGCUUUACACCUAACAGUUUUAAAACCAGUGGAGAACGACUGCCCCCUCUCAUUGAAGCCACGAGAGUUCAAAGCCGACCGUGGUACUGCAGGCAUUGUUAUCAGAAAACAGGAUUCCCCCAUUAUAGUGAAUGGAAAAAGGGCAAUCUUUGUGUAUGUUUUUUUUUUUUUUUUGAAGACAAUCAUGCUGCCAAUAAUUACUUGUAAUACACCAGAUGUAUGUACUUGAACUGAUUAUUUUAAAAUCGCACACAGAAGAAGAUGUCAGCCUGCAGUGGUCGGCCUUCAACUUCAGUUACUCAAUGAGAAGGGCAGCACUUAUCCUAACCUGCAACGUCACUUCCUGGAGUAGCUCAAACUGCAUAUGUUAUGUCUCUAUGAGACGCCAUCUUAACCGACUUCAUUUGGCUUCAAAAUCCAUAAGAGUCUAAUGACUCACCCGUUUGUCAAUCUAAUUAACAUAAUGCAAAAAAAAAAACAUAAAAAUCUGUCAGUUUAAGCUUGAGAUAUAUAUGUUUUGGGUUGCAUGGGCUGUGUCUCAAUCCACCGCAUCUGUGGUGGAAAGUGGCAUAGCUACAUCGCUGUUUGUCAGACCAGGAGACAUCUCGAAAAUCAGUCUUCUCACAAAACAUUUGUAGCGUCCGAAAGGCCUACUAACUAAUAUGACCACUCUAUGGAAAGAUGAGACUCGCAGGAGCACGAUGGUGUUCGCCGUUUUGCUCUAUGAUCCCCACAAGCCCCACGGGACUCGUCUGAAGUCGGUACCGCAGAUGUGCCAACUUCUGUCUGUAGCGUCCAAACAGUUUGGGCUACAAACUAAUAUGACCCCACUGUACUAACCUCACUCUCUGCCUGCUUCCUCCCUCUCUCUGUCUCUUCUGCUUGCUCCUGCAUGCAUUGAAGCCUGCCUCAGCCUCAACACUGAGCGCCACAUCACUGUCUUUCUCAGAAGCCUGUAAAGCAAAGUUAUUUUGAGAACUUAGUAGCCUAUUUUUUGCUCCUGCUGAGGCGUCUCCAUUUAACGUUAGCUUCUUACUUCAUCCUUCUAGCUGGCUAAGUAAUAGGCCUACUAGCCAGAGCCCUUCAACAUUACUGCAAUAGAAGUUGCUGCCGGCAGCUAGCCACCUGACUGACUGACAUAUCUAAGCGACUAUUUACCAGUUGUGCACUCAUUUUCUGAGAGUCAGUGUAUGAUUGUUUGGGGGAUGUCUGGGAAAAGGGAAAGAGGAUACCUAGUCAGUUGCAAAACUGAAUUCAUUCAGCCGAAAAGUGUCUUCCGCAUUUAACCCAACACUUCUGAAUAAGAGAGGUGCGGGAGGCUGCAUUAAUGGACAUCCACGUCAUCGGCGCGUAGACCUGACAGGAGACACGGGACGGUUUUACAAUUGACUUUUGUCCGGCAUCUUGCUAACACACUGUGAACAGCGCCGCUAGUUCCAUACUUGAGCCGACUCCGAGCUGGGGCAGUUCGUUUCACGUCUCAGACCCUCGGGUUAGACGUUUGAGAGACUGGUGAAUGUGCUGAUAAAAAGGCAAAUCCUGUUGCAAAUCCAGGGGACACAGGCAAACAUAACGAACAAACCACCGUUCAUGGUUCCACUUGUUCGCAAAAGGCAGGCGCGAUUAGAACCAAUGAUAAAUAUAUACACAUGUAUACUCAAGAAUAUAAGAAUUUUGAACAACGCUGGGAGCAAUAUUUAGAUGUUGACCCGUAAUUGAUUUUCUUGUGUCCAAAAUAUACAUUUUUAUCAUAAUUGCCUGCCUGUCUCGCUUCCUGUUUAUUGAGAUAUUUUAAACUGACUCAAAGUUUGAUCAUUGGCUAUUUGUCUCUUUAUUUCCAUCUGUCAGCUGCAACCGGAGCAGCUGGACUGUGGAGCGGCCCACCUGCAGCACCCACUGGCCCUACGAAGGCCCUUGAGGGCCACACCCCUGUUUGAGUCCCUGGGCCUCAGCUCUGUUGUCGUGGACAAUGUACAUGACCACACCGUGGUGUUUCUGGGCACCAGCACCGGACGACUGCGCAAGGUCAGAGGAACUGCUUUAUUGACAUCCAUUUUUCUUUCAGGAAUAUUCACAUUUCCAAAGUAGAGAGAGCAGUUUUAGUUGUUAUCCUUUUUUUCUUGUAAAGGAAGAAAUAUACAGCUGCUAAGCCUACUACCUCACAGUCUAACUGUGCUGCAUGAAUUUAAGAGCAAACUUAAUGGGCCAGAGAUAUUCAGCCAUUCUUUAUUUCUGGAACUUAAUUGAAAUUAUGAAAGAAGUAACAGAGAAGUGUCAGGUGUAAAUUACGAUAGAUUGAACUGCAGGGAAAAGUGCAUUUUGGAGGUAACAAAUAAAGAUGAGACAUUGUUAACAUGAGAAAAUAACGUAGAAGUACUGUAGGUCUAAAAGGGUGCUGACAUUCAUUGUAAAGAAUGGCAGAUUUAAAAUGCAAGGCACAGUAAAAAUGAAUGUUCUCAUAUGACAAAAUGCUAUGCAGGACAAGGCGAGAGCAUCUGAGUAGAGUGAGGGAAAGUGUACAGAGUCAAGAGAAUAUUUGUUUUUAUGUGGGUGACACACACACACACACACACACACAGACAGACAGACAUAUACACACAUGCUGUGAGAACACACACACAGCACAUAAUCAUGGGGUAUGGGGUAUGCACACUGGGUAAACACCAAACCACUUUCACUCAGUGGCAUAACGACACAGGCAGACAACCCAAAACACAUCCAAAACCUAAAUAUGCAAUCAGGCCAGACAAUUUGGACACACACAAACAAACCACCUUAACCACUACCAUACAUCCGGCAUAAACAAAAAAAAGUCCAUUCAUCUCGGCAAGCCAACAGAAAGCUCUUUUACAAGGCCUAAAACAAGACACCCUCCAGCAACAUAUUUCUAAUGUUGUAAAAGGUACCAGUCUAAUGCAACAAAAAAAAUACAUAUGAAAGCAGAUGCUUUGGACAGAUGCCUCAUGUCCCCCCCUAUGACCACAUCUGGACACAUAAAAAAAUUACUUAAAAUAAAAACAGACUUUUUCAUUCACUAUGGCUGAGGUGGAUUCAUAGUUCAUCACUUUAUCUUUAACCUGAACCUUCACCUACCAGGGUUUCGGUUAGCCAGUAAUAGCUGUUUUUCUGCCAAUAAAAAAAUUGAAAAGCUGAUCAAUAAAAUUGGCCCCUGCCAAUGGAAAAAAUCCCAUUGUGAAAUAAUGCUUUUUAGCUUAUUCAUUGAUGGAAAUACCAGUCGAUGGAAAUACAUUUGACUGGUCAUGCUUAUCGGUCUAUAGAUUAAUUUGUAUAAUUUAGUGGAAUUAAAUGAGCGGGUGUGUACAGUAGGCUAGGCUAUAUUCGUUAUAUAACUUAUUUAUCACGCCAUACAGCAUACAGAUACAGAGCCUUUGAGCGGAAAAUCUAUCAGACAGCGCGCGAGCUGCUGCCACAGCAUCUCAAACAGCAAAUAGAAGGGAACGGAAGGCAGGCUUCAUCAGCAGGGUUCAUCAGCUCCUCAAACACCCCUUUGCAAUGAGCUGGACGCAGUAUGCAUUUUGAAAACUUUUACUUAAUUGUUUGAAACCUGAACAUUUUACUACAUAUUAUGAGGCAUGUUCUAACUUGCUUCAAAGUAGCCUAGCCAAUAUCAGACCAUAUCCUUGUAGGCAAUUAUUUUAAAUACAUUUUCUUUCAUUGUCUAGUAGCCAAAGGCACAAUCCUAGUCAUAUUAGCAACCCAUUCUAGUUGUUUCAUAUUAGAUCUCCCUCUUUCAGAAUUUCUAACAGAUAUUUUCAUCUCUGUCACAUGAAACCGCUCCCAAGUGCGGUUUGCUUUUGACAGUGAUGUUUCCCCUCUAAUUGCAUUAUGGAAGGAACAUUCGCACGUAGCCUACUGCCUUAUGCGAAUUGCUGCACUUAUAAUGUGAAGAAAUAAUAGUUUAUCAACAUUUUAAACUAAACGUUCUGAUCUGUUGCAUCAGACUCACUGCUUUUUAACUUUUUUAAAUGUAGCCUUACUAGUUGUAUGGAUUUGGUAUCUAUCACCCACAACUGUCCCAGAGUCGGUUUGGAAUAGGCUAUUUCUUUCUCAACAAGCUGACCAAUAGAAUAGGUAAAUUUUUCUACUAUGUGGGAUAGGCUAGUGAUUUUGCUGUUUGUUACACGUCUUGUUGGCUAAGGAAAAGUAAAUGUGGACAUUUGUUCUAACAUCUUUAAAGUGCACAUCUUUGCAUCCUUGACUUGCAUGUUCUGUUAAUGUGAAUGACAUAAUCUCAAUGUGAUUUCUGUCAUUCUGAGCACCGUGGGUGGACGCCCUAAUCAGGUUCCACACCCAAUGCAUAUGGGUCCGGUAAAUUUCUCAAAUGUCAGGUAAAUUAAAAUGCUGCCUGCGCCACACUUUCCUAAAGGAAACCCUGAUGUGUGUGUGUGUGUGUCAAUAUGGAGCAUGUUGUAUGUGCCUGGGGCACACGUAUCAUGUCUGUGUGUUUUAUGCUGUGUGUGGGUGCGUGCGUGUGCACAUUUGUGUGUGUGUUUGUGUUUGCCCUGGGGGCCGCACUGUAACAGAGGGUAAUGGUGCUGUUAGUGUGUGUAAUGUGAUUCUGUCUGUGAGCUUGGCUCAGGCUGAGUAGUACAGAGCACAUGGGAACAGUGGUAGAGAUUGAGUUAGGCCUCUGCUACUGGGGGUAGAAGACCCUCAAUGAAGUAAUUACAGACAUUUUUAACGAAGUCUCUCAGCACUGUCUCUCUAUUUUACUCUCAGUCUCUCUAUGUCUCUAUCUCUGUCUCUCUGUUUUCCUCUUUCUGUAUCCGUCUCUGUCUCUCUCUUGCUCCCUCUCUCUUUCUCUGUCUCUCAUUUAUUUCCCUCUCACUCCACCUCCUCCCAUCUCAGUUUGUCUUUCAUUGUCCCUCUCCCUCUCUGUCUCUCAGUCCACUAUCUCAACCAUAAAAAGGGUCCUUUGAUUAUAUUGUAAACAAACACACACACACACUAUUCUCUCCCCCCCCCCCCCCCCCCCACCACCACCACACACACACACACACAGAGAGAGAGAGCUUGGAGCAGCUGAGUACUCCUGAGUUGAAUAGAGUCUUUCAUGUUGGGGUAGACAGACAGAGGAGAGGGAGAGAGAGGCAGUGACCUGCCAGUAUACAGCAGGUGUUUUGUUGUUUGACCUAGCUGUGUCCAACCCAUCUCCACCCCUCCAUAGCUCCCUGCUAUCUGCCCAGGUGUGUGCUAUUGGGUGGCUCUAUUGUGACCCUGUAUGUUUGAUCUUUAUUGGCAUGCCUGUGUGUGUGUGUGUGUGUGUGUGUGUGUGUGUGUGCGCGCACGUGCCUGUGUGCAUAUGUGUUUGUGUGUGUGUGUUCUUGUGUUGUGUUGUGUUGUGUUGUGUUUAGUCACUAGAAAAGCAGCCGAGUCUGUAACUGUCACCAGAACAGUCUCUGGCUGGUUUCCUCAGGAUGGCAGGAUGUCCAUAGAGCUGAGACAGAAACCGCAACGAUUCACAACAACAAGCUCUCUCACUGUCUGUGUGACAGGAAGUCACAUCCGUAGCAUUGAUUUGUCUGUGGUCUAUGGAUCACUGUGUGUAUAUGGGAGUAUGUAUGUGCAAGAUUCCAAAGACUUUAUCAUUUUUGUAAAGAAUUUUGUGUACUCUUGUGUACAUCUUACAGUAAUCUUUUCGACUGUGCCUUUCCUCAAGAAGCGCUUUGUUAAAGGCCUUAAUAUCAUUUUAGUAUUUUCAAAGUAUGGAGGGUGAGUUGUGCAGGAGUGGACUGAAGUGCAUGUUUGCUAAAUCACAGCCCAGUGAAACUGUGAGAUGGCCUAGUUAAUGAAUCUUCUUACGAAUGAAAUCCAUCAAAUAAAAAACUUAAAUCACUGGUAAUCAUGACCUAAAUUGUUACUUAACUUGUUACGUGUCUUUGUGUGUACUAAGCACUCUGCCUGUCUCCCACAGCUGACCCUCCUGAAGAACCUGACUGUGGCCAAUCAGUGGGCUCUGAAGCUCCCAGCCGGCGAAUCUGUGCACCACAUUAUGACCUUUGACCCCAUAGACAGGAACUACCUCUACCUUAUGACUUCUCACCAUGUAAGGCUGUGGGAUCAAUACUCUCAUCCAUCAACUAGACUCAGUUAGACUGAUUCAUGUUCUCCAUGACAAUGGCAUUGGUUUAGUUUGUUUGACAUUCAUCAUGCCUUUCGUUAAUGCAUUUUUCUGGUUUUGCCUAGUGAGUGGUCAUAUUUUUUAAAUGAAAAACAGAUAUUAUUUAGCAGUUAUUACAAGUUUCUGAAUAAGUUAUAUUAGAUCCAUGCACUUCACAUCAGAUAAAUAAAUGCACAUAUUUUUUUAGAUAGAUAACAACUUUCAAGAGGAGAUUUCAGCAGUCUGCUUUCUGUUUUUGAUUUGACAAACCAAAUAAUGCUAGAUGAGCAAAUAUGCAUAGCCUUGUCGGAUGUUUUAGGAGGAUGUGGUGGCACCUUGUCUCAAGAUGUUGUACGUUCAACAAUGCACAAAGGCAUGCCUAUUCAACAUCAGAAUAUGUUAGACAAAGAGUGUGAGACACUUGGCAUGUGUCUGAAAGCCAAGCGACAUGUUUCGCGUAAUAAACGUGAUAAGACCAUGUGUGGUCAGUGUGUAUGACAGUGUGCAAAUGUACACAACAUACUAAAAUAGAAAAGGAAGUGUGUAUAAUAUACUAUAUAUAAUAUACUAUAUAUAAUAUACUGUAUUAUGUACAGUUUGUUGAGUGUCUGUAUGUGUGGUUCUGUCCAUAGCUCCUGAGGGUAAAGGUAGCAGCAUGUGGACAGUACAGAACCUGCAGUGAUUGUCUGGGGGCCAGCGACGCUCACUGUGGCUGGUGCACACUGGAGAGC